AUGAGUCUUGUAAAACGUGGUGAGCCACCUAUUGCUGCUAACGUAGAGCCUCUUAAUACCUUUGACUCAAAGAAGAUCUACAACACAUGCUACACUGGAAUUGCAAAUCACAAGAUCGCUUACGACAAUACAGAUUACGCUGGCGAGCGUGACAAAGCUCUCAAUCACUGGUGUGAAGAUGGUGUCAAGCCAAUGACCCCAGAAGAGCAAGCAUUCGAAAGAGAGGUCAACUGGAAGAUGGUCAAAAAGUUUACAAAGAAGAUUUUCUCUUUAGAUCUUCAGCACUUCAGUUUCCCUGUUGCUUACUCCGAGCCACGUUCACUUCUUGAGAGAAUGACCGACUUAUUCUCAUUCUUGGCAAUGAAGUACGCUGAUUUGGCUGCUGCCGCUACAACUCCAGAGGAUCGUUUCAAGUAUAUCGCCGCUGGUAUUAUUGCUAGCUUCCACUUAUACAACCAAGCCAAAAAGCCAUGGAACCCAGUUAUUGGUGAGACAUAUGUUGCCCACUGGCCAAAUGGAACAGUUGUCUAUGGUGAACAAGUUUGCCACCACCCACCAGUCUCAAGAUUUGAGAUUUUCGGAAAGGAUAACGCUUGGAAGUGCAUUGCCCAAUGCAAUUUCACAAUUGACAAUGGUAUGAUCCAAAUUACCAUUCACCAAAAGGGUCUCUUCUAUAUUGAGUUCCCAGAUGGCGAUAAAUACGAGUGGGAAUUCCCAGAUGCUCAUGUCCGUGGUCUUUUACACGGAGACAGAAUUGUUCGUGUAGCAGGAAAGGUAAAGAUCCAGAAUGUUGCAAAGAACCUCGAACUUUGCAUCCACUUAGCUCCAAAGAAAGAUAAGAAAUUAGGAAUCAAUGAUUUCGCUUAUACACAUAUCUACGGUGGUAUUCGUCCACUGGAUACAAAGAAGAAGGACCAGUACACACACAUCGUCAAAGGCGACUAUUGCAGAAAGGUUUUCUUCGAUGAUGAAGUUAUUUACGAUAUUGAGAAGGAUAUCGUACAAAGACCAAUCCAGGAUAUCGAUGAGGAAGAGAUCCUCCCAUCAGAUAGCAGAUUCAGAAUCGAUCGCGCUUACUUAAUUGACAAGCAGCCUCUUGAAGUAGCUGAUAAGGUCAAGGAGUCAAUCGAAAUAGCUCAACGUCGUGAGGAGAAGUUGAGAAUUUGUGUCAAACCAUCUAAAUAA